CUGCGUGCCCACGCAGUAAUCGCGCGCGGUGUCAUUCUUGAACACGCAGUCAGGUGUCGCGCUUGUUUCACGCUGCCGGCGACGCCCGCCCGGUUUUUUCCUUUUUUUUUUACCCCACGUUCACGUUCACACGGACACAGACACCGGCUUAUUUAUUUAUUUCUACCGGAUGAAACGUAUGGGAACGUAUGACGUCGCGCGUGCACUCAAGUGUCUGUGAGGGUGUGUGUGUGUGUGUGGGCGUGGAGGGAAAUGUCAACGUGCGGCGCGAGAGGAGGAGAAGCGGAGCGGUGUGUAGCUGAGAGGAGACGAGGCUGCUUGUCACAGGAGACUGAAGUUCAACGGGAGUAAAGUUGUUCGCGGUGGAUGUUUCUGCGGCUUCUCGGUGCCUGCUGCUCCUCCUCCUCCUCUUCCUCCUCUUCCUCCACACACCGGAGCCCCGCCGCCCUCCCGCCGCCUCUUCCUGGAUGUGAGGCGGGCAGCGGCGCUUCACCAUCAGGCCACUUGUGAGCACCGGACCGCCUCCAUUUCUGAAACUCCUCCAGCAACGAUGUAGACCUGACAACCACACAAUGAUGAUGAUGAUGAUGGUGCAGGGUCUCGCCGGGAGGAGGAGCGGCAGCAGCGACUGACUCUCCCCCUUGGUUUAGCCACACCUGGCACUCUGUGUCCGUCCUGACUGGGCGGCCAGAGUGCUAUGUCAUCGGCCACACCCUCUGCGGCGCCACCCCUUAAGAAGGGAAGGAAGCCGGAGAAGGCAGAGGUGAUGGCCGACUCGGUGCAGGUCACCAAUGAGGAGCUGAGGAGCAAACUCAUGGACGUCCAAAUCGAGCUGCAGCAGGAGCGGGGCAAGGUAUGUAAGCUCCGUGAGCGCCUCCAGGAGCAGCGGCAGGCUCGGGAGCUCGAGCAGCACAAACAUGUCGUGGCGCUCACUGACCUGCGCGCCAAGCUCCACGAGGAAAAGCUACGUGAUAUAGCGGUUGGCCGCGAGACCCUGGUGCGGCAGCACGAAAUCGAGCUUGCGCGGUCCAUCAAGAUCCGGGACACCGAGGUGCAGAGGCUACAGGGGCUUGUAAAUGCACUGAGAGAUGGAGCUGCGGAUAAGCUCAAAAACGCUCUUCUCGGAGAGGCUCGGGAGGAGGCCAGGAGGGCGUUCGAUGGGGAGAGGAUAAAGCUACAGCAGGAGAUCCAGGAACAGAAGACAGCCAGGAAGCAGGCUGACGAAGGUCUGGCAAACGCUCUGCAGGCCGACAAAGCAAAAGCAGUAGAUCUCCGCACAGCCUACCAACAGCACCAAGAUGAGGUGCAUCGGAUCAAACGGGACUGUGAGAGAGACAUCCGCAGAUUGAUGGAUGAGUUGAAGGCGAAGGACCGGGUUGUGUGUGCUCUGGAGAGAGAGCUAGGGCUGCAGGCCGGCUACGCCCAGAAGCUUCAGCUCCAGAAGGAAGCCCUGGAUGAGCAGCUGGGUCACGUACGAGAGGCGGAGAGGUACAACCACGGCAGCCCCAAGAGAGAGUUGAUGCCUGGGUUAGGAGACAACCACGACCAGCUCAACAACCAGGAGGUGGAGGAGCGUGACACCAGGAGGUUCCAGCUGAAGAUCGCUGAGCUCAACUCAGUCAUCAGGAAACUGGAGGACAGAAACGCGCUGCUGGCCGACGAGAGGAAUGAACUAUUGAAGCGAGUGCGAGAGGCAGAGAGCCAGAUGAAGCCCCUGUUUGAGAAGAACAAGCGUCUCUCCAAGAAGAAUGAUGACCUCUUGCAAACGCUGCAACGCAUGGAGGAGAAACUCAAGAACCUGAGCCGGGAUAACGCAGAGAUGAAGGAGAAGGCCUCCUCUCGGCCGCCCCCACAGCCACAAUCGAUGCAACCGCAGCUGAAGCGGCCGAGCUCCCUGACAGAUCUAAGCCAUGCCCACGAGGAACAGGAAGUGGAGUUUCUCAAGAUGCAGGUUGCCGAGCAACGUGGCAUCAUCGACGAGCUCACGCAGGAACGUGAACGAAUGGUGAUGAGCAAGAAGAACAAAAGGAAACCUCUCAAACUGUCAAAAAGGCAUGUUGUGGAGACAUAUUUUGGAUUUGAUGAGGAGUCCAUAGACUCUGAGACGUCCUCUCUCACCUCCUACAACACUGACCUCACUGACCGCACGCCUGCCACUCCAGAGGAAGAUCUAGAAGAGACUGUGUCCCGAGAGGAGUCAGAACUCCGUUUCCGUCAGCUCACCAGAGAGUACCAGGCUCUCCAGCGGGCCUACGCCCUCCUGCAAGAGCAGACCGGCGGCUCUCUGGAUGCUGAGAGGGAGGCCAGGACACGUGAGCAAGUGCAGUUGGACCUCAGCAGCUGCCAGGCAAAGAUCGUGGACCUGGAGAGGGCGCUGGCGGAGAAAGGCCAGGAUUCAAAGUGGGUGGAGGAGAAGCAGUUCUUGCUCAGGACCAACCAGGAACUUCAUGAGAAGAUGUGUGCGUGGCAGCAGGCAGAGUCGCGGCUGCAGGCCGAGGUUCAGGAUGCUCGGGACCAGAAUGAGCUGCUGGAAUUCAGGGUGCUGGAACUGGAAGAGAGGGAGCACAGAUCUCCUGCCCUCAAUCUCCACAUGUCUGCGUUUCCUGAGAACAGCAGCAGCGCCCUGCAGAUCUAUUGCCGCCAGCAGGGGGUCAAGGAUGUAAUCAUUCCUGAGCUGAUGAAGAAACUGGAUAUCCUGGGGGAUAACGGGAAUCUCAGAAAUGAGGAGCAGGUUGCAGUGAUCCAGGCAGGGACAGUGAUAUCUCUGUGUGAAAAGUGGCUGAAGCAAAUAGACAAUACAGAGGCUGCCCUCACGCAGAAGAUGAUCGACCUGGAAAAUGACAAGGAGCUGUUUAGUAAGCAGAAGGGAUUUCUCGAGGAAGAGUUGGACUAUAGGAAGCAGACCCUGGACCAGGCCUACAGGAGGAUCGAGGAGCUGGAGGCCACGCUGUAUAGCGCUCUGCAGCAGGAGCAGCCGGCAUGCCGAGCAGUGGCUGAGUCGCUGACAGACAGGCAGAGGGAGGAGCUGAAGCUUGCCGUGGACAAGCUGCGGCGUCAGAUUCUCCGGCAGAGCCGGCAGUAUGACAGUCAGAUCUUACAGGAGCGCAUGGAGCUCCUACAGCAGGCCCAGCAGAGAAUUAGAGAGCUGGAGGACAGGAUUGACUGGCAAAAGAGACAAAUAAAGGACAUAGAGGAAAAGUUUUUGUUCCUCUUUUUGUUUUUCUCUUUAGCAUUUAUUCUUUGGCCUUAAUGCAACUGACCAUGGACCUACAUCAGGUGUUCAGGUGCUGUGGAGGCAACCGAGGAUGAAACAAAACCUAAUAGUUUUUUAUGCAUUUGUAGACCGCUCAGAAAACCCUAUGGCCUUUUUGUAUAUGUGCACUUUUGCAGAAGACUCUUACCCGGAAUGCAAACAUAUUUGAAAAUGUUGUAAAUAACCAUAUACGAUGAGAUUAAAGUGAGAUUUAUUUAUAUAUAAUAUCUACUGCAGUGGUUCUUGGACCUGGAACAUAAAACCCCGACUCCUCUGUGAGAAGUGAACACAUGGAUUUACUGAGAGAAGACUCAAAACCUUAAUCAGAGGAUUUAUUCAAAGGAGAAGAGCCACAGUUGAAGGAAAUGGCUUUUGGACAAUGGAAGGGGGAAGAUGGAAGGAGGAGAAUAAGGGUGAAAGUACAGGGCUGAGUGAGGGGGUGAACGAGCUGAGUGCCAACUGGAUUUGGAGGAUUCUGGCAAAGUCCAACGUCUGUGGCGUUUCUAAGGAAACAACAACGCAACUAAGUUCACAGAGUCCAAGCAAAACCCACUGGAAGCUGGUCGCUGCACUGAGAGGAUGAAACUGUGGAGUGGAGCACAAAAAAACAGUUUGAGAUGUCAGUUCUUGGGCCACAGGUAAAACUCCCCGAGAGGGCACAGGCUUAUCAAUGGAGGAUCACAUGGCCUCAUCAGAGACGAUGGGCACCGGAAGCACUUCUGUUACCAUGGCAACUGACUCUGUGGAGACUGAUCCCGACCUGCAGGUUCAGUGUGAAAGAGUGAAGGUCCCGGAGCAGAGAGCAUGUUGGCUGACAGGCACCUGAGG